AAACAAAUCUGUCAACAAACUGACGUGUACUUGGAAAUUGAAACAAAUAUUGUGGAAAAAAGCGUUGAUAAAUGGUAUUCGACUUUUAAGAAAAACAUUAAAACAUGCCUGAAACAGACACACCUCUCCGUAACCGGGGAGCAUCCAGAGAUGAAGCUGCAGAGACGAACGGAGAUGGUGAUACUCCGCCCCAAGUGUCUGAACGUGAAGCAUAUUUCCAGGCUUUAAGAUUAUGGAUCCAGCAGGCUCAGUUGCAUCAGAAUAUAUCUACAUGCUUUCCAUAUUAUAUGAUGACAUUCCAAGGAGGUCAGAAUAAUCCGACAAACGUACCUCUGUUGAACAAUAACUAUCAGUUUCAAGGGCAGCAGUUCCCCUUUCAAGUGCCUAAUUUGCCGCGAAAUGUUCCUGCACCUCAAGCCCAAAAUGAACCGGUCACUGCUGCAGAAGUUAUUGCUCGUAAUGGAGGAUUUGAAUAUGUUAUACCUGCUCUUUAUAAGCGGUUUUUGGCUGAAUUUAUAGAUUUCAUGCUGCUAUUUAUCUUAAAGUUGGUGGUCACCUUUGUGGCUGUGGAUAUGUUUGAAUUAAUUGACUUGGAGAAGUUUGAUUUUUACAAGUUUAGUGAACAUUAUGAUGACUAUAAGUUCGCUAUAGAGUUGACAUCAGAGAUCCUAGUUCUUGAAAUCAUAUAUAGGAGUAUGGUUUGCAUAUUUGAGGCGAUAUGCUUGAGUGGAACUGGAAGGUUAGGGCGCACGGGCGGCGCCACUCCGGGCAAAGCUUUGAUGGGUCUGCGCGUGGUCAGUGCCUCAGCAGUCGUACCCGUGGAAAACCGCCCCAAGGAAACCGUGCUCAUAUACCCAGGCCAGACUCUUACAUUUGCUGUGGCACUUGCCAGAUCUCUCAUGAAGAACUUUUUGAUCUCUCUCCUAUUCCCUCUAUGUGUUGUGCUCUUUGUUUUCCGUCACAAUAGAACGGGGUACGAUCUUCUAUGCGGUGUUAUAGUUGUUGAAGAAAAUAUGUUCCCACCUAGAAGGUUUGCUCCUUAAACUAUUUUCCAUUGCUAUGUAGGCUGAAGUAUUUUUAAGCGGACAGAUAUUCAACUCGGUAGAACAUUAAUAAUGCUAUGCCCAACAGAAGUUAUAAAAUAUUAGUAAUUGUAUAUUGACUACAUUUAUAACAGUUUUGUUUUUUAAUGGUUUAUAUUUUGUCUAUAAAGUUUUUUGAUUGAUUAACCAUUUGCUAGAAUUCACGUAAGUAAUUAAUUUUGUACAUUAUUUUAUGAUUUGCAAAAAGUGAAAAAUUAAAUGUUAUUAUACUGACAUGAAAUAAAAAUGAUAUUUGUGAGAUUUAGGAUACAAAUAAACAUUAAGUGCCAUCAUCAUUUUGUUCUGAGCUAUACAUUGUUUAACUAGGUAUGUUGUUUAUCAGAAGUGCAGAAAUAAAAAUCAAGAAAAAUAUAGGUACAUAAUAAUAUGUAUAUGUUGACAUACUAUAUGCAUCUUCCCGAAAGUGGCACGCGUAUAGCACGUCACGAUUUUUUAACACUAGAUAUUAAAUUAAAAUAGCUUUCGUAAAUAUCUUAUAACCUAUACAUCUUAGAUUUAAUCUAAGCUAUACAUAUAAUUAAUUUGUAUUAUGGCUAAUCACUUAUGAGUGAAUCAAAAAUAUUACUCUAGCUAUUCUAGACACUUUGUAAAAUGCAUAAAUUCUAAAUUACAGCACAGCAUGCAAUCAAUAAAUAAACAUAAUUAUUACUAAAGUACAAAAAAUAUGUAUUUAAAUUAUACUUUUUUAACUUUUUGCUCAUAUCAAAUCUAUGCCUUCAUCAAAUCUUUUUUAUUUUAUACUAGUAGACCCAGCGAACUUCAUACUGCCAUUUUUUUCAUUAUAGUAAGUUUUGUUCUUUUAGUUUUCUCGCAGUUUAAACCUUUUACUACGACACACAUUUCAAAAGCAAAUAGCCGUUCCGAGGCGAGACUAAUAGAGUAAGAGCUAGUGAACGCCAGACCUACGUCAUUUUAUAAAAGCUGAAAGUUUGUCAGCGUAUGCUCCCAAUAUAUUGGAUAUCCUAUAGGAUAGAAUGUUGGUAAAUCAUGAAGUUUGGGUCAUCGUGGCUUUGGCAGCUGUCCAAAAAAAACUGUCUGGCAAGGAGUUGGAACUGUCAAAACUGUCUGGCUGAUGAGGAAACUACUUCUAAUUAUUGCCCAAAUAUUAUAUACAAGUUGUUAGGUAAAUGGGUAUAUGAGCCGACACUAGCCCAUGUCAACGUAUGCAUAUAAAUGGUAUGGCGAAGUCAGAAAAUUGAUUUCAUCAUUUUAAUUUUCAUACAAAUCUGAUUUUAUAAAUUUUAUUUUGUAUGAACAUUUAAAAAUUAAAAUGAUGUUAUCAAAUUUCUGACUUCACCAUACCAUUUAUAUGACCAUGUUAACAUGGGCUAGUGUCGGCUCAUAUACCCAUUUACCUAACACUCUGUAUAAAAAUCAGCUGAUUAUUCAAUAGACUGUAAUUCUUCUUACGUUAUACCAAAAAAUCUGAUUUUUAUGCAUAAUAUUUGGACAAUGAUUAGAAGUGGUUUCCACAUCAGCCUGAUAGUUUUGACAGUUCCAACUCCUUGCCAGACAGUUUUUUUUGGAUAGCUGCCAAAGCCAAGAUGACCCAAACUUCAUGAUUUACCAACAUUCUAUCCUAUAUUGGGAGCAUACGCUGACAAACUUUCAGCUUUUAUAAAAUGACGUAGGUCUGGCGUUCACUAGCUCUUAGUCUAUAAUGAACAGCAAUUCAUUUUUAUAUAAUAUACCACUUUACUGUAUUUUAUUUUAUACUUUCUUUUCUUUGCAAGGUAGGUAAAUGAUCAUGUUUUUUUUUUAAAUGUGUGUGUUGAGCAUGAUACAGAAACUAAAUAACUCUGGGAAUUAGCAUUACGGUUAUAAGGUAGAGAGAGUGAGGUGUGAUGAGGUAGAGUGCUUAGAAAUAGCAUCAAGAGGUAUCGAUAUUUACCCCUUUUUCUUUAUAUACAUACCUACAUAUCUUCAUACAAUAGCUGAAAGAAAGUUGAGUUCUUCCGAAGUCAAGCGUAGGUAUUGCAUUAGACAGGCAGUGAAAAACAAAAUUGUUUUUACAGUUAUUUAUUAGAUUCGUCAAAGAAGUUUUUGUUAUUCAAAAGGGGUGACGAAAGAAUUGUGAUAUUGAUACUGACUAUUAAAUGUUUUAUUAUUAUACCUAAA